AUCCCACUCUAUACUAUACCUACAGAUAUCAAAUAUAACAAGUUGCUUACACUGUUACAUACACACCUAUAUAUAUGUGUGUGUGUAUGUAGAAUUGGGUGUGUGCGCAUCAUAGGAGGUGAGCAAAGCUGAAAUGAUGAAAAAAGGGACAUAUUGAAAAGAAAUUCCCAAAAGAAGUGGCAGAAGAGAAACCCAUUAGCGUUCUCUUUUUUCCCUUCUCUCUCUCUCUCUCUCAUCAUCUAUUCCUUUUCCUUUCUCAAGUUUGUAUAAAACAAAGUAAAAACGCAUCAUCUUCUUCAAAUUUAGAUUGGAUUAGGAGAAAGAGUAGGAGAUGGAGGGAUCCAGGUGGUAAGAGAUAAAGAGAUGAUAUUGACAUGGGAAUAGCAACGCCGUCGCCACCUAUCUUCUCCCAUCACUCGUCGACUAGCAAGUCUCCCGUGCUAGCUCAGGCUGCUCCUGGUUACUCGGCGGUGAAGUCUAUGUCCCAGGACUACAACCCCAGCAUCUUCAACUUCCUGGGCAAUGGGUUCGAGCGGUCCAGCGAUCAAGACCACCAGCAGCAUGUGGUCCAGCAGAUCCGCCGGGACAAGCUCAGGCUCCAAGGGUUCGAGCCAAUGGCCGGGAUUGAGGAGGAGCAUGCCAACCUCCCAGUGUAUGAGACCACCGGGAUGCUAUCGGAGAUGUUCAACUUCCCACCUGGCGGUGGCGGCUCAGCAGCAGGCACGGGUGAGCUCCUAGAUCACUCGAUGGCAGCAGCACCAAGCGGAUUCAGGGCAGCACGGCCUCCGCCCACGCCUCCACCUCCACCACCGGGGAUUGGUGGUGAUUGGUACUCCAAAAGUGAAAGCAGCCAUCAUAGUAUUUCGAGCAUGAAUGCGGACUCGGCUGUUGCUAUGCAACUCUUCCUCAUGAAGCCUCAAACGAGGUCGCCGUCUCCACCACACCAACCACCUGCUCCAGCCUCCUCAACCCUCCACAUGCUCCUCCCCAGUUCAAACCCAUCCUCUUCUCUCCAUGAUUUCUCGGUUGCUGCGGGUGGUUUUACGGGUGGUGCUGCCAUGAUGGCUACUCCUCCGCCUCCUCUACAGCAGCAAUCUACCUUCGGAGGCAGCAGCAGUAAUGCAGAAAUCGGCAGCUUCGUCGAAGGCCAAGGCCUAUCGCUUUCCUUGUCAUCGUCUUUACAACACUUAGAAGCCGCAAAAGCUGAGGAGCUGAGAAGCAUUGGAUCGGACGGGUUGUUGUUCUAUAACCAAGGAGCUAGCAAUUCUCCUGCCUUGUCUUCGACUCAAUAUCCUUACAAGCACAGCCUAAGCCACAGCCAAAACCGCCCCGUACACAUCGGAUACGGUUCGUCUCUCGGGGUUGUGAACGUCCUGAAGAACUCCAAGUACCUCAAGGCAGCACAGGAGCUGCUGGAGGAGUUCUGCAGCGUGGGGAGGGGCCAUUUCAAGAAGACCAAACUCGGGCGGUCCACAAACCCUAAUUCAUCGAAUCCGAGCAGUAGCAGCAACAAUAACAAUAACGGCGGUGACGCGUCUUCUUCAUCGACAUCCAAGGAAACCCCUCCAUUAUCAGCAGCUGAUAGAAUGGAACACCAAAGGAGGAAAGUCAAACUUUUAUCCAUGCUCGAUGAGGUAGAUCGAAGAUACAGCCACUAUUGUGAGCAAAUGCAAAUGGUGGUGAAUUCGUUCGACUUGGUCAUGGGAUUCGGAUCUGCUGUUCCUUACACUGCCCUAGCACAAAAGGCAAUGUCAAGGCACUUCAGGUGUCUAAAAGAUGCCAUAGCAGCGCAACUGAAGCUCAGUUACGAGCUACUGGGGGAGAAAGAUGGCGCAGGUACAUCCGGGAUCACAAAGGGAGAGACACCAAAGCUUAAGAUUAUAGAUCAAAGCUUCCGACAACCGCGAGCCUUCCACCAAAUGGGGAUGAUGGAGCAAGAGGCAUGGAGACCUCAACGAGGCUUGCCCGAACGUUCAGUCAACAUACUGAGAGCCUGGCUUUUCGAGCAUUUCCUUCACCCGUACCCAAGCGAUGCUGAUAAGCAUCUGUUGGCUCGACAGACUGGCCUCUCUAGAAAUCAGGUGUCAAAUUGGUUCAUUAAUGCGAGGGUUCGGCUAUGGAAGCCCAUGGUGGAGGAGAUGUACCUGCAAGAAGCCAAAGAAGUGGAAGGUGAUGAAACGGAGCGAGACAAAAACCCUAGCAGCUCCACCACCACUGCCGCCGUCCACCCCUUGCAGGCCCCGGCCACCUCCAAAAGACCCAAUGCCUCCGCGGCGGAAACCGACCCUUCUCUCCCUACUCCGGCCUCCCGACACUCAUUGUCCUGAAACCCACCACUCAACAACAGCAUCAGCAGACACCCUUCUUCCUCCGCUGCUGCUCACACCUCUUCCCCUCUCACAGGCUUCGGAGGCUGCUAAGCUUUCUUGGGGUUAAUUAAUUAGUGUCUUUAAAACAAAUAUUUAUGAAAAAGAAUUAUUUUCUGAUUUAACGUGUUGUCCUCCCUUAUUCCGUUUCUCCUUUUUUUUUUUGUAUGGAUUCAAUACAAUGUUUAGAGGAAACUGAAAGGAAAUACAUGACAAAAGGACGUAGCAUAUAUAUGUAUGAUCUAGCUAGCGAAAUGAGGGUAUAGGAGAUUUAAUUUAACUGUUGUGUUUAGCUUA